CUCAUUAUCUUCCCUUUUCCUUCCUUCUUCCUUUCUUGUUAUCUACCUCUUCUCUCUUCCCAAUGUUCUCUCUCUGCUUGUUUCCACAGAAAAUUUUGAACUCACUCUUCAAACCGCUUCCUAACUGAACCAACCUCACUCUCUCCCCCUCCCUUCUGGUUUCUCCUCACCUGAAUGCCGGAAAACAUGAGUAUUUCAGUGAAUGGUCAGUCUCAGGUCCCUCCUGGCUUCAGAUUCCACCCCACUGAAGAGGAGCUUUUGCAGUACUACUUGAGGAAGAAGGUCUCCUACGAAAAGAUUGACCUCGACGUCAUUCGUGACGUCGAUCUCAACAAGCUCGAGCCCUGGGAUAUUCAAGAGAAGUGUAAGAUAGGAACGACCCCACAAAACGAUUGGUACUUCUUUAGCCACAAAGACAAGAAGUACCCCACCGGAACAAGGACCAACAGAGCCACGGCCGCCGGAUUCUGGAAAGCCACCGGCCGGGACAAGGUGAUAUACAGCAACGGGAAGAGGAUCGGAAUGAGGAAGACUCUCGUCUUCUACAAAGGCCGAGCCCCUCACGGUCAGAAAUCUGAUUGGAUCAUGCACGAAUAUCGAUUGGACGACAACACCAGCGACUCCAACAUCGUGCCGAAUGUGAUGGGAGAUGGAGCUCAGGAAGAAGGAUGGGUGGUGUGCAGAAUAUUCAAGAAGAAGAACCAUCUGAAAACUCUAGACUGUCCCCUAGCUUCGUCCAUUAUUACUGGAGAAAGCACCAGAAGAAGCCACAUGUUCGACUCCUGCGACGACGAGGGAGCCUUAGAGCAGAUUCUUCAGCAGAUGGGAAGAAGCUGCAAGGAAGAGAACGAGACGAAUUACAGCAACAAUGGAAGAUUCACUCUAGCGAGCUUCAACAAUGGCGGUAAUAAUAGUUCCAGCAACUACAGCGAAAGAUUCUUGAAGCUCCCAAGCUUAGAAAGUCCAAAAUCCACGAGCUUAGAGAAUAAUAAUAAUAUCGACACCAACAAUGGGUACCACCCUAUGAUUCCAGAGAUCGAAGGGUCCUUCACGGCCGUUCAUCACAUGGAGACAUCUAACGUUGGAGGACUCGCCAGCUGGGCGGCUCUGGAUCGGCUCGUGGCCUCGCAGCUCAAUGGCCAGACCGAGUCUUCAAGGCAGCUGGCUUGCUUCAGUGAUCCCGCGGGCAGCGCCAUGAUGGGUUACUGCACUAACGACGUCGUUCAAGACAUGCAAAUGCCUACCAUACGUUCGUCCUCAUCGUCGACGUCGACGUCCACGCACAGAGCUGCAUACAUGAGCCCUCACGCACAAGAUUACAAUAGCAGCGAGAUUGACCUGUGGAGCUUUGCCAGAUCAUCAUCGUCGUUGUUGUCGUCGUCCUCGGAGCCACUGUGCCAUGUGUCCAACACGUCAGUGUAACAAGUCAGAUUAUUAAAUAUAGAAAUAAUCAUGUUAUAAUCAGCUCUUCUUUUUCUCAAGUCAGGGGAAUAUCAUGAUGAUUAUUAUUACAGACAAUUUUUUUUUUUUGCUUUUCUGGCCAUAAAUGUGAUAAUUAAUGUUGGCAGUACUUUAAUGGGAAUCAGUAGAAUAUUAUUAUGUGAGAUAAAUGAGAAAAGGUGAUGUCUUUUUUUUUUUUCCCGAUGGAGUGGCAUUGUCAACCAUGGGUCUUUGCUUAAUCACGAUGUCUACCAUUACUUUUUUGUAAUUUUAAUUUUUUUCCUUCUAGCUCUUUUUAAUUUUCUAUUUUAAUUUUCUUAAUAAAUUCUCUAGAAGACUUUCAAACUC